UCACAGCCUGCAUUGUCGAAUUCUUUGUGGAAACAGCGAUGUCCUGAUAAUGGUAGUGAUGGUAGUAUGUAGUAUGUAACUAAUGUAACCGAACUGCAUUCCAAGAUCCGAUCAGCAGUGACGACAGUGAUGGUUUUCAGCCGAAUUCUGAGUUGUAUCGAUUGAAUUAUUCAUUAUGUUUAGCUCUCAUGUUGUGCUAAGAUUAUGAAACAUCUCUACAAUGUGGACCUCACGAAUAAUUUGAUCCUGGUUAUGGCCCUGCUGAUAGGUAGUAGAAUUCUUUAGCCUUCCCAGGUAAUGUCACGCCCAGUCAUCACUGGGGACAAGGUUUAGUGAAGACGUUAAACAAGACAGAUAGAACCACCAUGACUAAAUCACGUAAUACAGAGGAGAUUAACAGUGUGUUAGAGAGUGUUGAGAAGAUGGAAAUGAAAAUGUAAAAACACCACAACAGACAGACACACACACCUACACCCACACACACACAAAUAUAUAACCAAAAGAGGAAAUUACUUGUGAAAUUACUGAGGAAUAAAUUGGGCAACAGCAGCUAAGAGAACUCCAGUAGAACAUUUCAUAGUGUGCUGGAAAGGGGAAAUGAAGUGAAGCUUCAGUCCAUGAUGAAGAUCCUCCUCAUCUGCACCCUCUCUCUGAUCGCAGGUCCAGUGGGCUGCUCUGAUGUAAAGGGCUACUCGGGAGGAAGCGUCAUUAUAAUCUCUAAUCUAAAAUGGGAUUCAAGACAUAGUAAAUAUGUUUGUAAGGUGGGAAAAGAAGCCUGCAGAGAUUUAAUACAUUUUAACACCAAAGAGGACCAUGUUAUAGUAGAAAGAUUCAUGCUGUAUUCAAACACAAAAGGAUAUAUGACAGUGUUUAUCAGACAGCUGAAGCUACAAGACGCAGGAACAUACAGAAUAGGAGUAGAGACUGGGAAGAGCACUGAUGUAAACCUGGCAGUUGUUAAUGAUUCCUGUUGUUCUGGGCCAAAAAUAAUAAAUGCUUGUCUUGGACAAAAUACCAGCAUCAUCUGUAACUAUCCAGCAGUGUAUGAGAGAAACUCCAUGCAUAUCAUUAAACUCGAUAAUAACAGUGUUAUUAAACACAUUCUUAACACUCAGACAAAACCUCAGAACGGCAGAUUCUCCGUUUCCGAUGACAGAAGUGCUAAAGUUCUCAGUGUGAACGUCAGUGACAUGAGAGAAGCUGAUGAUGGAGUUUAUUUAUGUGGAGUGUAUAUCGGAGAGGGCUCAGUCCUGUUUUACUCCUUCUUCACAGAGAUCCAGCUACACAUUCCAGCAAUUCACAUGAUGACAUCAGCAGCACCAAAAGAAAUCCCAUCUGAUGCUGAAUGUUUCAGUUUCUUUGUCAUCAUCGGUGUGUGUGUCUGUGUGGCUCUGCUGCUGAUUGGAGGAUUUGCACUGAUGAUCUUCAAACUGAGACACAAGAGAACACACGAUUCAACACCUUCAUCCACAGACAAUGAAGAGGCUUCUUCUGAUUAUGAGAAUGACCUGGAUAAUUUACCCCCAUAUGAAAACUUGAACAGUGUAAUGAGAUUGAAUCAUCAGAAUCUGCAUUCAAUUACAAGCCAAUCAGAUUCAACAUACCAAACACUGGACCCCCGUACCAACCAAGCUGAUUCAGGCUACACAUCUCUGACUUACACCACCGACCAAUCAUAUUCACACUACCAAUGUCUGAAUCCUAGAACUCAGACUAACUCCGUUUACCACACCCUGUAUUCUUAAUGCUUACUUUUUUUUAUUUAUUCUUUUAAUUGUGAUGCAAAGUAAAAAUGUAAUUGUGGUGAAUUGCUGUGGUAAAAGAUUGGACAUGAUGUUAUUGGAAUAUAAUCACCUCAGGCUGGCAAUAGUAACUCCCUAUAAUUGAUUAUUUUCCAAUAACAGCUCGCUUCAUCGUGUUUUAUUCUGUACUU